AUGUAUAGAUGUAUCCGGUGUAACAAUACGGUGUGUCGUUCGAUAUCGGCUUUGACAGAUUAGCGGUUGUCUGUUAGUUUCCGGAUUUCUAAAAUAUCCAUAAUUAAAUUAUUAGUGUUAUGACACGCGUGCUGAUAUAUCUGACGUAAAAUCACAAAAAAAACUAUCGAAAUAUGGACGCCGAGAACGACGAAGUGUCCCUGAUGCAGCCCGAGACGGAUGCAUCAGCGCGAACGUCAACGCCAACCGAGAACCAUAACCAUAACAAAAUUCGCAGGAGAAAUGUACCGGAACCGACGAAGGAGGACAAUGUAAUCGAUUCAUGUGAUCGUGUACCUCUCGUGAUUCUGCCCGAUUCCACUAAAGCGUGGUACAGUAGUGUUACGCCGCAACUUCCCAAUGACGUGGCUACGUCGAAUAAACAACAAAACGGGGUGCUGACUCACGAAGACGAUCGUGACUCGAACGACAACGACUCUGGUGCAAUGGACCUUUUUACCUCUCAUGAGAAGAUGAAGAUAAGCGUUAUUCGUGGUAGCAUUGCCAAGCCAGAUCUCACGCUAGGAGAACUAAGACUACUUGGCUGCAGUAGUGAAGGCUUCGUUAAUGAUGAUAUACGAAGGAUACUAUGGCCGAAACUCUUGAGACUAGUACAAGAAAAAUUUGAGCCUGUGGAUGGAUUAGAAACUAUACAUACUUAUAUACCAAACGAGGUUUACCAACAGAUAUUAAAGGACGUAGCACGUAGUGGCAGUCAUAUUUCACAUAAUGCAACGGAAAAAGAAACUGAAAGUUUUCAAGAACAAUUAACACAGCUCAUGUGUUGGGUACUUCAUAGACAUUCUCAAUUAAAUUACUACCAGGGAUAUAACGAUGUGGCAGCAACUGUGUUACUUGUAAUGGGAUUGCAAGCAGGCUUAUAUGUACUCGAGAGUAUAUCUCUAGAAUUCCUGGAAAGAUUUAUGGAAAAGACAAUGGAAAAAGUAAAUCAAGAGUUAUUCUUCAUAUUCGCAUUACUGGAACGAGUGCACCCAACACUUUUGGAACAUUUAGAAAAUGUAGAACUGUUUCCACACUUUGCUUUGGCUGAAUAUACAACAUGGUACGCACACAAGUAUGCAGAACAUAGGAAAUUGUUACAUAGAUUAUUUGAUUAUUUCCUGGGUAGUCCGCCACUCAUGCCUCUCUAUUUGAGUACAGUAAUUGUUGCACAUAGAGCUACUGAAAUCUUCAACACUACGCCUGAUAUGGGACAUACGCAUAAGGUAUUGUGUACGUUACCCGAUGACUUGCCAUUUGAAACACUUUUAGUAGAAGCAAGGGAUUUAUAUCGACAAUAUCCUCCUGAAUCUAUCACUAACGAUGUUAGAGAUUAUGAUCAUAAGAGGAAAAUAAAAGAGCAAGAGUGGAAGGCAAAAGCAGAGGCAAGCCGUCAAGAGAGAGAAAGGCAACGAAAAUUAAAAGUUGUCCAAUCGACACCAAGGAUAUCUUAUCGUAUCAGAAGUUAUAAAACCAUCACUGUUAUGACUAUUUUGGUUUUGGGAAUAUAUGCCUUUAUAAGAUCCUCCACAGGGCUUAACUGACAUUAAGAGAUAUAUCAGCCGUUGUAAAAAACUGGCAUUUUUACACGUUUUUUAAAACAGAAAUCCUCCAUCUCUUUCAUAUGCCGCUAAACAGAAAUUGAAGUGUCAAGGCUGAACAACUGAACUUCACCAAAGUAAUAAAGGAACAAGAAGUAUGUGUUGCUAGGAUUAAUUGAAAGAUUUGGUUGUUAAUAUUUGAGCAAAUCUGUUUUAGAAUACAUGAAUCAGAAUCUUGUGCAUUCCUAUGCUGCCUUUAUGCUGUGUUCUUUGCAGGCUGAUCUGAACUCUUGUGCGUGUUAAUAUUAAAAAAGAAUCGCAAGUAUGUAAAAAAUGUAGAAAAACGGCAAUUCUAAGUAUUCAAAUUGCUGAGAGCUCGAACGUGAAGUAAUAAAACUGAACAGCAUGUAUGAAAACAUUUCGUACAUGUGAUACAUGUAUAUAAGAAAUAAAUAAUAAUAUAAUAGAUUGUAAUUAUGUUGAUAUAAUCCGUGAUGAAGGAAUUUUAUGUAUUUAAUUAAAAAGGCAGAGAAAAAUCAUGAUAAUCAUUACGAUCAAUAAUAAAAAUGUCUUGUUUUUCAAUAA